ACGCCCGACAAGAAGCCCACCAGGAGGAAACUGCUGCUUCACUCUGAAGGCUCAAACUGUGUGAACAAAACAUUCCUAUAAAUCAGAUUGAUCUCACAAAUUCACAACUCUUUUGUGUCUCUCAAAUCUCAUUCCCAUACGUAAUUUCUUCUUUCUCCAUUUCAUCCUCGCUUCUCACUGUUGGAGUUAAAUCAUCUUCCCUAUUCUGUUCUCUUAUUCACCGCCAUUUCUAUAUCCUCCCUCUUUAUCUCUCCGCUUAUCUGCGUAAUUCAAGCUCUGAAUCAAGUGAAGGAUCCAUGUCUUUGUUAGUCUGUUUCGCUGCACACCAUUAAAAUUAACAUGGUAUGUUCACUUUUUUCUCCCAUUUUCUCAAUGAUCCCAUAUCGCUGGAUCUUGGGCUAGAAAUUUGCAUGUAUGAUUGAACCGCCAUUUGCGUAACCCUUAUGUGUAUUUAACACAAAUUUCAAUAGCUCUGUUACAAGGUAGCUGUGCUGGUAAUGCAACAUUAACUUCUAGAUCUUGUUGAUAUGAUUUUUUGGAUUCUGGGUUUUUCACUUGGGAGAUAAAGAUGAUGCUAUUUGGAUUUUGAGGCUUUAAAGCUUUCAGUGCCAAAAGGGUUUUCUGGGAUUGGACCCGGAAGGUGAGAUUUGUUUAUCUUUGUAGAGAUGCAAUCGAGGGUUGUUCCAUUAGAGGAGGGCAAGGAAUCUAUGCUUCCAAUGAAACCCAGCCAACCUAAGGCAUUCCCUCUAAGGUUGCUCCGGUUAUUUCUAUUGUUUUUAGCUUUGUGUAUCGCAUUUUCAAUCAUCAGUAUAUACACAAUCAAACGUUUUGGAAUUAACAAUGCGGUGCCAACGGUUAAGACCAGUCUCCAGCCAUGCCUUGAAGAACAUCAUGCUUUGAACAGUUGGAUUAGGCCUCCUGCAAAUCUGCUUCACAAGAUGAACGAUGAAGAGCUGCUUUGGAGGGCUUCGUUUGUUACUAGAAUAAAAAAGUAUCCUUUCAAGAGAGUUCCAAAGAUUGCAUUUAUGUUCUUGGCAAAGGGGCCGCUGCCUCUGGCACCUCUUUGGGAAAGGUUUCUGAAGGGUCAUGACGGGUUGUAUUCGAUCUAUAUUCAUUCGCUGCCAACAUUUGAUGCCAAAUUUCCACCUUCAUCAGUUUUCCAUGGAAGACAUAUUCCAAGUCAGAUAUCUGAAUGGGGUAAGAUGAGUAUGUGUGAUGCUGAAAGAAGGCUCCUUGCUAAUGCAUUGCUCGAUAUCUCCAAUGAAUGGUUCAUUCUCCUAUCCGAAUCUUGCAUUCCUCUCUACAAUUUUAGUGUCAUCUAUCACUACAUAAUGAAAUCCAAAUAUAGCUUCAUCGGUUCAUUUGAUGACCAUGGUCCAUAUGGGAGAGGACGGUAUAAUGAAAGCAUGGCACCUGAGGUGAAUAUUACUCAGUGGCGAAAAGGUUCACAGUGGUUUGAGAUUAACCGAAGGCUUGCAAUUACCAUAGUGGAAGAUACUACAUACUACAAAAAAUUUGAAGAAUUCUGUAAGCCACAUUGUUAUGUUGAUGAACAUUAUUUCCCCACCAUGCUAACCAUUCAAGCAUCACAUCUCUUGGCAAAUAGAAGCCUCACUUGGGUGGACUGGUCAAGGGGUGGAGCCCACCCGGCAACCUUUGGAAGAUCAGACAUAUCAGAUGAUUUUUUCAGGAGGAUUUAUGAAGGGCAGAACUGCACAUACAACAAUCAGCCUUCUUCAAUGUGUUACCUUUUUGGGAGAAAAUUUGCGCCGAGUGCUUUGGAUCCUCUGUUACAUAUAUCACCUAAGGUAUUGGGCUUCUGACAGAAGACUCAUCUUCUAAUUUUUUAUAUGUGGAAAAUGUUCCUGGUGAACGUGCAUGUGUAGCAUCUUACUUGGUCUGUGAGAGUGUUGGUGAUGGGAUGUGGUUUCUUGCUUUUACACUUAUUCUACAGAGCUCCUGUCCAGAAAUAUAUAUAUGUACAGGAAUGCGUUUAGCCA